GCACGCUCACGCACAUCGACUCCAUCAUCCACAACUACGGGCUGCAGCUCAACGAGGGCCGUACGGGCGAUGAGUUCCUGCUGCUCUUCACCAUGGCCUCUAACCACCCGGCCUUCAGCUUUCACCAGAAGCAGGUGCUGCGCCAGGAGCUCACGCAGAUUCAGAGCAGCCUGAGCAGCGGCGGCGGCGGCGGGGGCCACGGGGGCAAGAGCGCACUGCCCACCUGUCCGUCCUGCCACAAGGUCACUCCAAGAACCGAAACUCCUGUCACCAGUGUCAGUAAUAGUUUGGAGAAUGCACUACGUACAUCAGCACAUUCCACUGAGGAGUCGCUGCCCAAGAGGACUGUGGGAAAACACUCCAAAGUGAGUGUUGAAAAGAUAGACCUGAAGGGAUUAUCACACAAAAAAAAUGAAAGAAAUGUUGAAUGUUCCUUUGAGGUCUUGUGGUCUGACUCUUCAGUAACGUCAGUAACCAAAUCUUCCUCUGAAGUGACUGAAUUUAUUUCAAAGUUAUCUCAGCUAUACCCUGAAGAAAAUUUGGAGAAAUUCAUUCCUUGCUUAGCUGGCCCAGAUUCGUUUUAUGUAGAGCGAAACCACAUGGAUCUGGAAGCGGACCUGAGGUAUUUGGCUUCAUUACCUUCUCACGUACUGAAAAAUGACCAUGUUAAGAAAUUUUUCAGCACUUCAUCUCCCACCCAACAGCUUCAAAGUCCAAGUCCUGGCAACCUUUCCCUUUCUAAAGUUGGUACCAUGAUGGGCGUGUCUGGAAGGCCUGUGUGUGGAGUAGCCGGCAUCCCAUCCUCUCAGAGCGGCGCCCAGCACCACAUGCAGCACUCAGCGGGCGCGGCCGCCUUGCCCCACUGCUCCCACACCGGGGGCGGGGGCGCGGCGCUGGCCUACCGGGCCCAGAUGGACACCUCGCCUGCCAUCUUAAUGCCUUCCAGUCUGCAGACCCCUCAGACCCAGGAGCAAAACGGGAUUUUAGAUUGGCUGAGGAAACUGCGUUUGCACAAAUACUAUCCCGUCUUUAAACAACUUACGAUGGAGAAGUUUCUGAGCCUUACCGAAGAAGAUCUAAAUAAAUUUGAAUCCCUUACCAUGGGAGCAAAGAAAAAACUCAAGACUCAACUGGAGCUGGAGAAGGAGAAGUCAGAGAAACGGUGCCAGAACCCCUCAGCCCCACCCCCGGUCACCAGCAGUGGAGUGGCCCGUGUGCCCCCCACAAGCCACGUGGGGCCCGUGCAGAAUGUCCGGAGCCCCCACGCUGCAGCCCUGCGGGUGGAAGUGGAGCCCCCUCACCAGACGGCCCGGGAAGGCAGCUCCUCCGAGUGCUCCAGCUCUUCCCCCAGCCCGAUGGGGGUGCAGGCCCGGGAGGAGAGCUCCGACAGCGCUGAGGAGAAUGACAGGCGUGUGGAGAUGCACAUGGAGGGUUCUGAUAAGGAGAAGCCUGUCAUGCUACUGAAUCAUUUCACUUCAAGUUCUGCCAGACCCACGGCCCAGGUUCUCCCUGUGCAGAAUGAGGCAGGCUCCAACCCUUCAGGCCACCAUCCGCUGCCUCCACAGAUGAUGACUGCAGCCUCGCACAUUGCACCCAUCCGAAUGCUGAAUUCUGUGCACAAAUCAGAAAGGGGAGGCACGGACAUGAAGCUCCUCUCGUCUUCUAUGCACUCACUGCUGUCUCUAGAAGAAAGGAAUAAAGUCUCUGGACCAAGAAGUGGAAUCAAAGUGGACAAGAGUUUUGGCAAUGCCAUGAUGGAUGUGUUGCCCACGUCUGCCCCCCAUCAGCCCAUGCAGGUCCUCUCUGGACUUGCUGAGAGCAGCUCUGUGUCACCCACUAUCUCCUUUGGUCCCCGCACCAAAGUUGUCCAUGCGUCUGCACUGGACAGGGUGAUGAAGCCGGCCCAGCAGCCGGCCCUGGUGGUGGAGACUAGCACUGCUGCCGUGGGAACAUCCAGCACAGUCUUCCACGUGGCUCGGCCACCAAUCAAACUUCUGGUGUCUUCAUCUGUCCCUGCGGAUUCUGUCAUUUCUGGACAAACUUCCUGUUCUAAUAACGUGCAGAUCAGUGUGCCCCCUGCAAUAAUAAACCCCCGGACUACGCUGUACACAGCCAACACCAAAGCUGCCUUCUCUGCAAUGAGCAGUGUGCCUGUGGGCCCCCUGCAGGGCAGCUUUUGUGCGAACAGCAACACUGCCUCCUCCAGUAGCCACCCUUCCCCAUCCUUCCCAAACAUGGCCACUGUGCCCAGCUGCCCGGCCCCCAGCUCCAGCCCUGCGCUCUCCUCAGUCCCUGAAAGCAGUUUCUACAGCAGCAGCAGCAGCAGCAGUGGCAGCGGCUCCCCCGGGAACAUUCCUGCCUCUGCUCAGAACCAUCACCACCACCACCACCAUCAGCAGCCGUCGGCGCCCCCGCAACCCUCACCUGGCCCACCACCGGGCUGCGUCGUGUGCACAUCCUGUGGAUGCAGCGGGAGCUGCGGCUCUGGUGGCCUGACCGUUAGCUACGCCAACUAUUUCCAGCACCCGUUCUCGGGCCCAUCUGUCUUCCCCUUCCCCUUCCUGCCCUUCAGCCCUGUGUGUGGCAGCGGCUAUGUGGGCACCCAGCAGUACGGCAACAGCGCCUUCCCGGUUGUGCACUCACCAUAUGGCAGCAGUGUGCCUGCCGAGCCCGUGCUGGGCGGCCAGUCCACAUUCACCGUCCCUCCCAUGCAGAGCUUCAUGGCAGGGGCAGCUGGUGUGUACCAGGCCCAGGGCUUGGUGGGCAGUAGCAAUGGUUCCAGUCACAAAAAGAGCGGCAAUCUCUCAUGUUACAACUGUGGGGCCACCGGUCACCGCGCUCAGGACUGCAAGCAGCCGUCCAUGGACUUCAAUCGGCAAGGUACUUUUAGGUUGAAAUAUGCCCCUCCAGCAGAAAGUCUGGACUCCACAGAUUGAUAUUUUUCUCUGGCAACAGAACACUAUUAAGCCAUGGAGACAUAAGGAAAAUUAAAUACAAAACUGAGAAGUCUAGUUGCUGUUGAGCUUAAUAUUUUUAAUCCAAAGGUGCUUUACUUUAUUAGACUGGAUAGAAAACCUAGCAUAGGAGCGCAUCAAACUCAGUUUUAUUGCCAAAAUUCUAGAUUGGAGCUUGAUGUCAGGACUUGCCUAGUGGGUAUCUCCACAGCAGGUGAAAUUGGCCACCUCCACCCUUGAUGGCAAUGCAGAGGCCUCCCGUCUCUGGAAGAGCAUUGCCGUAAUUGGUCCUUCUAGGCUCACACGUAAUUCCAGGGCAGCUACGCGAGAUCGGAAUCGAGAACUGAAGGUUGGAGUUCUCCAAGUGGAGUUCCACCAGUCGGACUCUUGACACCCCUGGGUGAGGGAAAAUGUCACCUUUGUUUUGCUUUGUUUUGUUCCUAAAGUGGUUAGGCACUAAUUUCUGGGCUUUUUAGGGAUUGCACUACAGAAGAAUGUAAACUGAUGUCAAUCUCUGCAGUUCUGGAGACAAACUCCCUGAGAGCAGUCAGUGCAAGAUAUUCAGAGAAUCUGUCUUUAAAGAGUUGGCACCAGCAGGCUAGUCACUUUGUACACAACAGAGAUCUUAGGAUUUACUUCCCUCCUUAAAACACUUUGUAGCAGUUUCAGGUUUUUAAUUUUUUCUGCAAAUAAAUUUAAACUACAUUAUUAAGUAGAAAUAGUUACUUGCAACAACUUAAUUUCUAAGGGUCCAAGUCCCAGAAAAUCCCUAGUUGUCAGAGCUUUGAGAAUAUCUUCUUUACCAGUCCUUCCAUAUCUUUGAGGCCUGUCAUCUUCCACCACAAAGGAACUCUUGCAGACACACGGUAACAGCACGGCCUUUGUGAGCUGGCUCUAACAGACACCAUCUAUCCUUAGCAAAGUUUUCAAGUUUUUUAAAAUCUCACAUAGCCUUCCCAAGGACCCCCAAGACUUACUGUUAACAGAUUCACACUUGAGACACACAUUUCAACAAUAAUUACAGGACUCUGUAAUUUAUGAGCAAAAGAUUUGAAAUUUUCUCCUAUUGACUGACUUUGUAUUAGUUCUGUUGAAAACCUGGAAGGCUACAAUAAAAAAUAAGACUAAAAGAGACCACACCAACAGGACAGAGCUACAGGAUCUGCAGAAGUCUAGUUUUAUUGAGGUGGGAAAUAAAGUCCUCACCACACAGUUCUCAAUUUCACCCCAUUGCAAUGAGAGCUUUCUGAUCUGAAAUUUAGGAACUUAAAUCUUCAAGUCUAAAGGGAAUUUUCUGCUCAAAUAAUGUUAUUUUAAAUGCUAACGCCUUCAGUAUUAAAAUAUUAAUCGGGAAGGCCUUACCCAGGGAUUUUUGCAGUUGAAUAUUUAUUUAAAAAGAGAAAACAUAAUAUUCAGAACAUUCUUAAAAUGGGACAAUCAGCCUCAAAGUUGAUGUAAAUAAAAAGAAUACCCUAGAAUUUGAGGCAUUGUGAUGUGAGGUUUCAAAUUUUGAGAUCAGUUUCCUGGCUUUCUGGAAACUAAAGCAGAAAGUUGUUACAUUUUUUUAAUGGAAGGCUUUUAGUAGAGUUUUUUAGAGUUUUAUUUUAGUAGAGUUUUAUUUCUAUGCAAUGCAGAAUUGACCUCUGUAUUCUUAUAUCUCUUCCUGGUACACAGUAUUAUUACAGUUUUUAAGCAAAGCUGAUGCUUACAACAGUUUUUUGGGGGAAUGUUACAUUGAUCUCUUAAAUUAUAAACACUACAAAAAUGUCAAAAUAAUGAGAACUGACACAACUUUGCCUUAAAGAAUAUUAGACUGGAACUUGUCAUGUUAUGUUAAAGGAAGACUUAGAGUGUUCAUUGAUGUUUACGAUUUUAAUAUUUCUGAAGGCCGUUACAGUGGCCUGGAUAUGUGCUGAAAGCCAAACUUUUAAAUUUUUUGGUUUUUUAAACAAAGAAAUAUUUUAAAUAAAUCCUAUUUCAACACAGUGAAAUUGUGGAAAACUGUCUCAUAACAAAAGAAAAAAGUCAUAUUUAGGUUUUUUUUGUUUUAAUGGUCAGUAUUGGAAAUGAAAGUGUCUUUUGUCACCCUUAUAACUAUUUUGAUAAUAUUAGAGAUUAGCAUUAAAUACAACAAAAAAUUAAAACAAACUUUGAAGUAUGACCUUCAAAUUGAGGUAAAUAAGAUCAGACAUUGUGUGGCUGUGUUCCAGUCAUCAAAGGUCUUAGAAAAAUUCCCAGUUUCUUUGAAAGUAUGUGUGUGGUGUGACAUUUCCAAUGAGGUCAUUCCAAGUUGAGAAUUGUAAAAUGUAAAUAUGAGAUAACACAGGACACAAAGCUGCUGACCCAUCAGAUCUCUUCCAAGUGAAUCGCAUACUUGGACUUGAAAAUAUUUGCUAGCAGCAUUAUGAAUUUCUCUCCGAAAGCAACCAAAGUCAGUAGGCCUAAAAGAGCAUUUUGCAUUUCCUCAGAAGAUGUCCUCACGUUAGAAACACAGAUCAGACUGAUCCUUUCAACUACUUAGUCGUUUUCCUGAAAUCGUGGCUGUUUCCAAGUGCUGUGGCAACCAGGUAGGUGUGGCACCAGCCACUUUGCUUUAUGUAGUCUGUCAUAUAUUAAAGUUUCUAAACCCAUUUUUAUCUUCAAGAAUGGGGAAAGUAGAAUGUACAGAUCAAAGUAGAAUACAAUGUUGGGAUGAAACAACUACUUCAUCUUUUUUUUUUAAAGCAAAACUGUCAAAUUUUCUACCUUAUUUUCUAAUUUUUAUUUCAUGGUCAUACUGAAAAUAGGAAAAUGUUUAAACAUUAAAACUCCUAAUUGUUAAAGAGCACUGAGGAAAUGGGAGCUAGCACUUCUAAUAAAACAUUUAUUUUUUUGAAAGCCGA